AUGCGUUGAAAAUUGAGCCCAAUUGAAUUUUUAUAAUUCCAAUAACGUUUGUCCACAAUUAUGAAAAUAAAAAAAAUCCAAUUAGAAACGACAAAGUUAAUUUAAACACCAAACAAAUCCAAUACCCAUUCCGCCGCAUGACAUCCAAUGGAUUUUUAUGUAUUCCUCCAGACCAACAAUUCCAAUUGCUAGAAAAACACGUAUUGUGACCACGGCGCUGCGGAAAACACAUAAAUUAAAAUACACACUAUCUCGCAGCAGUUAAAUAAAAAAACCUCGAACAAUGGGCAAGCAUAGAACUGCGCAGCAAGAUGCCAUAUUCAUCGCCUUUAUGGAAAGACAUCCAAUGAUAGCCAAGAACUACAUCAAGGGUGAUAAACUGGCUGCGGAGGCUGCAUGGAAGCGCCUUUCAAAGGAACUAAAUACCGUGGGCCCUCCUGUGAAAGAAGCUUGUGAGUGGAAGAGAGUAUGGAAAGACUGGAAAAGCUGCAUUCGUAAAAAGAUUACCAAUAACAGGUUGGAGGAUUCAAAUGCUAGCGGCAAAGGCUCGCUGUAUCAGGACACGCUCACAGCUCUAGAGGAUGCAGUGGCCGUGAUCUGUGACUUGUAUGAUAUGGCAGACAGCGUAGUCGAAUCUCGUCCAAAGGCACGUCCGGAAAUAUCAAACAGUUUGCAACUGCAGGAAAUCAAGACCGACUACGAUGAGGUCACAGCCACAGAUGACGAUGAUGAGGAAGAUGAUGAGUGCGCCAGUCGGAUCCAUCGUAGAAGAAUGAGUGUGAAAAUGGAACAGCGCAUUAGCACUUCACAAGCUCCUGUCAAAAAGCGCAAACUGGUUCAUAAUGAUGCAAGUGCAUUUGAAAUUGGAAACGAAAGCGCGGUGCCGAUGCUAAUGGACAUCGCAAAGGAGCUUCGGGACUUAAAUAAACAGACUCGCUUGAACGCCCAGCGUACAGAAGCCAAUACAGAGGCGAUCCUAGCUCUAGGCACGCAGAUCUCAGACUUGAUGCAGCAACAGCUCAAGGAACGCAAGCGGCUUAAUGGUAUAAUGGAGAAAUUUGUUCUAAAAAUGGAAACAACCGACUAGCUAGGUAGUUCUAUUAUUUUUAAGUUGGUUUGUUAAUGCACAUAUUUAAAUUGUCCCUUGUCCCUCAUGACCAACUAUCUGACCAGGAAAGCAAGGCCUGUACUCUUAUUCAAAGGGCCAUAACAUCUAACUAAACGGCUUGUUUUAUAGACAAUUCAAUAAAUGGUGUCCUUAAAGUUGGGCCAUGUUGUGGGAAAUUGAUUAAUC